CAUGCAUAUCUUUUUAGCUUUCUUUGGUGUUACUGAGUUUAACAUCCACUUUUAACAUUUCACAUAUAAACUUACUUACAAAACUUAUCCUGCUUUUGAUGACGCUGUUACAGAAAAGACGUAUCUAGUCGACAAUGUUCUGUUACUUUAAUACCGCGCGAGUUUUUUUUUACGUUGAAUUUAUCCCCCUUGGCAUUUCCGCUUCACCUAUUUCCGAAAUAAUAAAAAAAAUACUAUAAAGCGGAAAAAAUUGCUUGUAAACUGUAGCGAAAUAAUCGCGAGAAGAACCGUCCGUAAGAAAAAACUAAACUAAAGAUAAUUUUCGUUUGCAGAUCCCACAAAUGGUUUCUUUCCCAUGUUUACGCGAACACUGUAUGCGACUUGUCGAUCAAUAAUCUCACACUUAUGAGAAAUUUUCGCUGCCGCGUUAAGAGCGCGCACUUUCUCUCGAUAUAAUUUGCCCUACAAUAUCGCGAUAAAUAAAAAAAGAGAAAUAAUCAAAUGGAUCUUAAAAAAAAGAGGAAAAAUUACUUUAAUAAUCGGCAAGCAGCAAUCGACUCGCUUCUAGUCAGUUCUCUUGAAGCCCUCGAAGCAAAUGGAACAUCCCGAGGAGCAUUACUACAAGUUGAACCGAUUUCUUUUGUCGGUUACCGGACUAUCUCCUUAUCAAAGCAAACGGAGAGCUCAUUUAAUAAGAGCUGUUUUAACGGUCACCAUACUAAUAAGUAUAUGUUUGCUGAUUAAUAGCAUAUUUAUUACAUCUGACAUCACUAUGGACUAUAUGGUGGAUUGGAUACCGACGUUUCUAAUUGUAACUGGUGGCCUGACCAACUUGUACAUGCGUGUCACACACGUGGACAAAUUUAGAGAAUUAUUCGAGCGUAUGUCGAAAGACUGGGCGUUGCAAAAGACACACGAUGAGGCCAAGAUUAUGCACGAGCAUGCCGAGACCUCAAGAUUAUUCAUACUCUGUUACCUAAGUAAGAGAAACCUUAAACCUGUCUUUUUUUUACAGAAGAAAAAGACAGGCGUUUUUGUCUGCGAAAUCAAAAUUAAAUUUCUGUGUAUAAGACUGAGACACAACACAAUA